AUGUAUGAAACAAAUAGAUUACCACUUGCUUACACUGCAACACUUAAGAAAGGAGCGCUUGGAUCAUUAAGGUCGACUGCAGAUGGAAUUUUCUCUAGAAAUGAAAUCUUGCCCUUCUUAAACAAGAAGCCAAUGUCUAUGACUGAUCUUCGGAAAGAAGGAAUAUUAGACCCGCAAGCAUCAUUGGAAAAUUCAAGAGUUGCUGUAAAAGUUUUUCAUAAAAAUUCUGAAUCUUGUGACCUCUGGAAAACCAAAUUAUCUAAAAUUAAUCAAAUGAUGACUUCGUCACGCAAAGAUGGUUACCCUUAUAACAUGUUCACACCUCUUGGCCCUCAUAUAGAAGCUCCUAAUAAAAACCGGAACCCAAAAUUUUACAGAUCACUUUCUUCUGAUGGUUGGGCUUUUCAUAAAGAAAUGGGGGAGUUUAAUUACUUUAAUAUUACUUACAUGAAAAAUAACUCCUGUUUUCCAUUUGUUCAAAAAAAACCAUUAAAUAGGCAAAAGCAAGUUGGAGUAAAGCCAGCGAGAAAACUAGAAAUUAAGAAGAAAAAAUAG